UGCUCUACAUAUGAUUUCCGCUUGGUUAUGAAGGCCAAUUCCUUUUGUGUACAAGUUUGUUGUUGAAAGAAACUGUCAAUGGAAACAGUUAAAGAGAAUGAAAGGACGAUGAACGCGUGAAGUGUAGAACACAGUGUUACUGACUAUGUUUUUAUGACGUUAGCUCAAUGGAUCUUUUCCGUCCUCAUCAGACUUCAUCCACUGCAACUCAAGGUGAUACUCCCAGCACAUCUCAGGGUCAUGAGGAGCCAACAAACCCAUCUAGCACCGUGCUAUUUCGAGAAAUCCACAAGAAUGCCUGGCUUCGAAAACUAUCAUCCGCUGAGAAGCGAGUUGGAGCAGCUCCAAAGAAAGGAGACCGUGUAUGGGCUGUCUUCUGUGUCCAUGACGAUAUCCAUCCUUUCCUGGAGCUGUACAUGGAACAAAAAAUGGCAGCAGCUCACAAACCCGACUGGUGUGUCUCACUAAGUUCUACUCUUCAUGUAUCACCUACCAUUGUCGCUCACGAUCAAGAAUAUGAGUUCGUUAUUACACUUCCUUCUGAUGUUGUCAGAUUAACUGCUCCAUCAUGGGAAAUCAUGAUGGAGUGGGUUGACACAAUUCGUUCCAAACUGAGAGAAAUGAGAAUACUGUGCCCUCGUGAGAAUGUGUAUAGUCGUAUGCCAGAGCCUCGCUUGCCUCUCCUGCCCACCCGUGAUCCAAACUCACCACUUCCACCACCACCACUAGGUCCAUCUGCUCUGGUCCCAGGAGUCGAACCAGUACAUCUUGAAACAGCAGAUACUAUUGGAAGCUCAAGCAGUGCAGCUCCAAGUCAAACUAGCAGUGCAGGGCCUAGUCACAGUGCAACCAGUGCAACUCGGACUGUAUCUGAUGCAACACCUCAACGGACCAUUACUGCAACUCCCUCAUCUCUUGUGGCAGUCCAGGGAGAUGUCCGAACAAGACAUAGGACCAGAAGCUCGUCAUUAUCUGAAAGUGCAGUCGCACACUCUUCUUCUUCCCCAAGAAGCCCAGGGAUCAAUGGAUCAUCCUCUCGUACUCCUUUGUUGGCUGCAGCUAUCUCACCAAGAAGCACCCCAAACCGUCACCCGGUGUCACCACUGCCUAGCCGCUCUUCUGCAUCUUUCCGAAAUCAAGUGACAAAUGGAAAUGUUGGCGAUGCACCCCUGAGUCCCGCUCCUAUUCAAGCCUCAUCAUCUGCAAGUACACCAGCUUCAAGACCUAUCAGAAGCCCUGUACCGCAGACUUCUGCUUCUUCGACGCACGCACGAAGCCCUGGGUUAAACAGUUCUGGAAACCAUAAUGUGACCGUCAUAGAGGUGGCUGACACCCAUCACACUCCAAAUGACAUAUUUAAUUUUAACUUUAUCCGAGAUGCUCUUCCCCAAACUGAUGGUGAUGUUGAGCCACUAGAGCAAUUCUUCACUCCUCCUAUUACACCACGCAGCAGAGCCUCCAUUGCCCAUCCACCUCAGACAGACCAACUAGCUGCUACAACAUCACCUCCAUCAAGACUAUGGCAGCAAAUUACUCAAGUUGUGUCUAACCUGAUUGGUCAACCGGCUCAAAGUGAGGUCAUCAGAGUUAAUCAAGGAAUUACUAAUAUCACUAUACCUUCACAUCAAGAUGGAGCCUCUGAAUCUCAGUCUCGUAAUAUGAAUGUUUAUGAGCAUGUGUACCCUAUUGCUGGAAACGACUCAGCUGUGCCAACAUCUGCACCAACGUCUACUCCUGCACCUACACCCACCCCUCCUAUAACUACCUCUGGGCCAGUGGAGGAAGUUAGAGCUCGACCCUUACAGCCAUCUGUCUCUUCAGGCAGACAAGAAGCCUCAGAACACCAUCAGAGAAGGAGGCGAACUUCUUCAGGUUCUGAAAUUCUCAGUCCAAGGUCUCGCAGUGCCGCAAAUGUGACCCGUCAUGCUGCUCCCUUAGUUGAUACUGAAAGGCGCCUUCAUCCUGUUCCACAUCCUUUUCGUCAGGAGACACCUGUUGGGGAACAGAGCAGUGGUCUAGCUCAACGAGUCACUCUGAGAGAUCAACAAGUACAGCAGUUGCGCAAAGAGAAACUGCAUCCUGGUGGUGUAAGACUUCAAGUGCGUCGCAAAGAUUGCACCAAUUCCAUAGCUUUUAUUGAUGCAUUUGGACAUGUAUGGAUUGCCGGAUGGAAACAGCGAGAACAUCCAAUGUUAUACAAUGCCCUGCACAUUGGCGAUCAGCUUCUUAGUGUUGCGGGACUUUCUGUUGUUACUGCUGCCGAUGCCCAUCGUUUCAUCAGAGCUAGCAAUAGUCUUUAUGUACCAUUUAUAAUCCGAAGAGUGCCAUUUGGACAUGUCUUCGCAUUCCGGAGAGACGCUGAAGGCCAAUCCUUAGGAAUCAGUUUGGAAGGUGGCACAGCAGAAGUCAAGGAGGUAGCAGCGGACAGCCCUGCUGCUAGAGGCGGUUUGCCUUCACGAGCGCCAACUUGUGAUGGUUUGUCUCUCACCCCAUGGGUCAUCACUGAAAUCAAUGGGCGACCCCUCAAUUUGUUUUUCAAGGAUGGCGAAGUUCGAGAUAGGUUGAAUGCUGUAGGAAAAGAGAUAUCUGUCUUGGUUCAACCGUUUGACUUGAUAAAGCAAAUUAAGAAGCAACUGAAGACCAUACGUGGUUAUAAGCAAUUCAUUGUUCAGUGACACUUGCAUACUAAUAUUUUCAUUCAUGUUUCGUGUCAAUCAUUGUGCAAUCUAUUCAUUCUGAAAAGUGAUAUUAGGUAUUCUUCUACUCCAUUAUUUGUUUAGUCAUAAUUGAAUUCUUUCAUAUGUGUGUGAAGCAUCUAGGAACUUUUUCUAAUUUACCCUCUUGCCAAAGUUCAACUUUUCGGCCUGCUUUAGUGUGUUUAAUCACAUCCCUAUUGGCUUCUGACCCUAUUUUCUUUUCUAAAUGUUAUAUAGUCUAUGGUGGAGAUAGCACAUGUGAUUAAGUUACCCCCAUUCCAGUUGUGUGUAAACUUAUUUGUUAAUUUCUAAGCUGUUAAGUUUAUAAAGAUAGGAACAUAAUUUUAUAACUGUACAAUCUUUCAGGAGGACGAGUUGGGCUACUAACGUUAUCAAUUUUUUACUUCUUGACGGAAGGAAAACAACAAAUCAUAAGGUUUAAUUUCACUUAAACCAUAAGUGCAGUGCUUCACAUCUUCUCUUCUAGGUGGAUGCUUAUGUUUCAUUUGAAUCUUUAAUUGCACUUCAAUCAUUGUGGUAAAGAAAGAAAACAAACUCAUGUUUUCUGAAAUUGCAGUGUUGAUUUUAAACAAGGUGAAUAUGUAGCUGAUGCCUGUGGGCCAUAACUUUUGAAAUUUAUAUGAACAGCCGUGUAGAUAUUUUAAAGUAUGACUAUGAACUGUGUAUAAUUUUGCUGUAUGAUGAUCAUGAUGAAUGUUGAUGCUCUGGAAGGAUGGUCAACACUGAUAGGUUGAUCUUUUCAAUAAUGGCUAGUCACAGCAUAAAGUGCAUGAAAUAAUUGUGAUUGAUUUAUUAAUGUAGUUGUGGAGGUUCUGUAUGCUAAUGAAUUUUUCCGUUGGUUAACAAACCCACAUAAUUUUCUGUUAUAAAAUUUUGUUUCCAAAUUGGUGUUUUGUCAUAGUGACAGUGACAACAAUAAGCUUGACUGACUUUAAGUUUGUGAAACCAGCUCAAUGACAUUUUCUCACACAUCACAUAGCAUGUUUUAUCUUGAAACGAUAAUUGUUAUCCAAUAUCAUAAAUUUUUUGAGUAACGCAUUUUUGUGUAUCAUGGUGGUUUGGUUCCACUUUGACUGGAGCUGCCAAUUCCUACUGGAAAAUGUAGUCUCUUCAACUUUGCUCAAGUGUGUUGGAAGUCAUACAUAUCACCCCACCUAGCAUAAUAUUGUACUCAUACAUUCCACAAUUGUUCCAUACUAACAUUACCUUUAACAAUAAUGUAAUCCUGGUUUUGUCUGUUGGAGGUAAUUGUGAUUUACUAAUAAUCUCUAUGUUAGUUUGGAUAGACAAACGCUUUUUUUUUAUCAUUUUAUUUUGAACAGUUUAAGAAUUUAAGGUUCUUAGCCCCGUCUUUUUGGGUUCUCUUAUAGAUUCAAUUUCAAAAUGCCUGAAGCAAUUUUAAAUUUGGACUUGCAAAGCCAAAUUUCUUUUGACAAUGUUGAAUGUUGUCAAAAGUUGUGUUAUUUUUAUAUCUUGUCAUACUUGUAACUUGAAAGUUCUGAGACACUGGUAUCUGUAACCAUUUCAAGAACUUGAAGUUACAAAAUGUAUCAAAUUAUGUGAAAUCUGUGAUUUUUACUUGUGUAGAUGUUUUGAAGAUAUUGUGAAAAAAUUAACUUAGGGACUGUGCAAGGCUCAAAAGGGACUAUAAAAUUUGCUAUCUUCUAAAUUUUUUCCCAAAAGAAAGCAAUUUUUUUCUUGAUUUAAAAAGAAAUAAUGCACGACCUGUGUGAGCUUUAUUGAGCUCUAUGUGACCAAUAUACACAUGAUGUAACCCAAAAACAAGCAGUAUUCAUUGUUAUUCUAACAAUAAAAAGAAAUGAUUCACUCUUUUUUUUGUAGAGGAACCGUGUUUGUGAUUCUGUAUUUGUAAGACAUAUCUGAUAAAUGAGCGAUGUCUUUGUCCAUUUUCAACUAGGCAAUAAAGCAAAAUAUUUUUGUACAGAUUUA